AUGAAGCUGGCUCUCCUCCUGCCCUGGGCGUGCUGCUGCCUCUGCGGGUCGGCGCUGGCCACCGGCUUCCUGUACCCCUUCCCGGCCGCAGCCCUGCAGCAGCACGGCUACCCCGAGCCGGGCGCCGGCUCCCCGGGCAGCGGCUACGGGAGCCGCCGGCAUUGGUGCCAUCACACGGUGACGCGGACGGUGUCCUGCCAGGUGCAGAACGGCUCGGAGACAGUGGUCCAGCGUGUGUACCAGAGCUGCCGGUGGCCGGGGCCCUGUGCCAACCUCGUGAGUUACAGGACUCUGAUCAGACCCACAUACAGAGUGUCCUACCGCACGGUGACGGCGCUGGAAUGGAGAUGCUGUCCUGGCUUCACCGGGAGCAACUGUGAGGAGGAAUGCAUGAACUGUACCCGGCUCAGCGACAUGAGUGAGCGGCUAACCACGCUGGAGGCCAAGGUUCUUCUGCUGGAAGCAGCAGGGCAGCCCGCAGGCCCGGGCAAUGACCUGCCGGCCCCCCAGAGCACCCUACCGCCCUGGAACGAGGACUUCCUCCCUGAUGCCAUCCCGCUCGCCCACCCAGGUUCCCGAAGGAGAAGGCCCACGGGCCCAGCCGGGCCCCCAGGGCAGACGGGACCACCAGGGCCUGCAGGUCCCCCAGGCUCCAAAGGUGACCGGGGCCAGGCAGGAGAGAAGGGCCCAGCAGGGCCUCCUGGCCUCUUGGGGCCGCCAGGGCCCCGCGGGCUUCCUGGAGAGACGGGGCGCCCCGGGCCCCCCGGCCCCCCUGGCCCAGCGGGCAGCCCGGGCUUCCCUCCGAACGGCCCCCAGGGCGUCCUCUACUCCCUGCAGCCGCCGACGGACAAGGGCGACGGAGACUCACAGCCGGCCUCUGCAGCCGUGGACACAGUGCUGGCCGGCGUCCCAGGGCCCCGGGGCCCCCCUGGCCCUCCAGGUCCCCCUGGACCACAUGGUCCCCCAGGACCCCCAGGUGUCCCUGGAUCCCAGGGCCUGGCCGGAGAGCGGGGCGUGACGGGACCGGCUGGCGAGCCUGGCGGGAAGGGGCAAGAGGAGGACAAAGCUGCUGCAGAGGGUGAGGGGGUACAGCAGCUGCGGGAGGCCCUGAAGAUCCUGGCAGAGAGAGUCCUCAUCCUGGAGCACAUGAUUGGGAUCCAUGAUCCCCUGGCCUCCCCCGAGGGGGGCUCUGGCCAAGAUGCUGCCCUGAGAGCCAACCUGAAGAUGAAGCGUGGUGGCUCCCCGCCUGACGGUGCGCUCGCUGCCCUGCUCGGCCCCGACCCCGGGCAGAGGAGGGCUGGCCAGGCCGGGGGCGGCAAGUGAGAGGCCAGCUCUCCAGGACAAGCCCCAGCCCUGCCAGAGAGCCAGCCCAGAGGCCUGUGUCGCCCGGCUGGCUCCUAGACACCCCAAGUGGGCCUGGGCUCCGGACACCGACGAUCAUGAGGGACACUGGCCCCCCAGGGCCUGGGGGGACUUGGGGACAGAUGGCAGCUCCAGAGGCAG